AGUGCGUAUGGCGUCAUCACGCGGCGACGCUCUUCUGCACGCCGCUGUAACUGAAGGAUCUGGAAGCUUCUGGGUUCAAACUGGUGUUUAUAAUAGCGCAGCGGCGUUCCUUAGCAUCACGAUUUACAGUACACGUUGGAUGACAGUCGCCGUUAAAAUCUAAGAAAAAGACAAAGAAGAAAAGGAUAAGCGUCACGCGUAACUUACUACCAAGUAAGAUGGCAGAAGGCAGGGGUAACAGACGUCAGCCCCAUAAUUUGCAGGGUGUGCUUCGGAUGGCUGUGGAGGCCGGUUCUGCUUCUGAUGGUCCGGCUCCUACAGAGCCCAUGACACAGGAGAGAGUGGAGUUUUUGAGAGCAGCCCUCGCGGAGGUGUGUAAAGGACAUAUGGAUGAGGUAGAACAGAUGAAACAGUGUCUGGAAGUGUUAAGAAGAGAUGAAUGCAGAGAGAGAGGUAGUGAGGAAGAUGUGGAGGAGGAGGAUGAAAGAGAGGACGCACUGGAGGUGCUGUCUGAGCUGUGUGAGAACCUGGACAAUGCAAGAGAUCUGAUGAAGUUGGGCGGUCUGGAUUUGUGUAUGUCACGAUGUCUGGGUCACUCGGAAGCGGGGAUUCGUUGGAGAGCCGCUCAGCUCAUUGCCAGCUGUGCCCAGAAUAUGCCUGAGGUGCAGUACUACCUGCUCAACCAGGGGGCGCUCCCGACACUCCUGCAACUCACAGAUCACGACACGAACAGCACAGUUCGAGUUAAAGCACUCUACGCAGUGUCUUGUUUAGUACGGGAACAGGAAGCAGGUCUGAAGGACUUCCUGACGCAUGAUGGCUUUUCUGUGCUGAUGAGGGGGAUGCAGUCAGACAGUAAGAAACUGAGAACCAAAUCAGCAUUUCUUCUCCUCAACCUUCUGACCAGUCACCCAGAACACAGAGAAACAGUGAUGUCUAUGGGAAUGGUGCAGCAGCUGGUAUCAGUUCUCCGGUCCCCUCAUUCCUCCGUACAUGAACACGUGCUCGGUGUCCUCUGCUGUUUAGUUGAAGAAUCGCCUCGUGGUGUGAGUGAUUGUAGAGACCCGUCACUGGGUUUGGAAGAGCUGCUCAACCAGAGACUGCAGGACCUGAAGGGACAAGAGGAGAGCCUGGAGCAGCUGGAGUUUUGUGAACGUUUACGAGCGGCUUGUUUCCAGGCGCCACCUGUAAAAGACAAUGGAAUGGAUCGCUGAGGUCUUAUUGAUCAAUAAUGAUUCCUGCCAAGCUGCGAUGAGCCAACACGAAAGUAUCAACCAGCGUUUGUAUUCCCUCUCUAUUUAUGAGAGAAAUAAAGUAGAAACAGAACGGAUAAAGACAUUAACUAAAGAGACUGUUGUGUGCAUAUGCAUACAGUUAUACACACAAAUGGUACACAAACACUCUCCUGUCAUAAUUUAAAUAUGUACAUUAUGUAUAAGUCACUUUGUUAUUGUAAUAUAUGUACCGUUUUAGGGCAGUAACUUUCUUAGUUUGUAUCAUGCCCCUACUUCUGAACAGUUACAGAAAUGCAAAGCCAUACUGUACACUAGACAUUAACAUACAAAAACAAAUUUAAUAUAAAAAUAAAUGUGCACAUACCUAUAUGC